GUCGGUGCGAAGCGAGGAAGAGAAGAAGAAUAUACCUCUCUCCCUUACACCUGUCACUAACACAUUGUAAUACGAAGCUCCAAAAUGGAUAUGAUGACGGAAAACGUCACUUUCAACGAAACUUUUCCUCAUUUGAAGGCCCUCAUCUAUGAAGAUGCUAUGGUAGACUCCUGGAUGCUGAUGUCCAGCCCAGUGUCCAUAGUCGGUCUUGUGGCCGCCUACCUCGGUUUCGUCCUCUACCUCGGACCCAAGAUGAUGGAGACCAGGAAACCUUACGACCUCAAAAUAGCCAUGAUGCCGUAUAACCUCAUUCAGGUCGUGUGGAACUUCUACCUAGUUGCUAUGCUCUUUACAACAGACGGUGCUUUGUCCUACCUAUUGAAACAUUAUUGUCAACCCCUGGAUAUGCGGCUUAACCCUCUUAGACUUGUGCUAUGCAAUGCAAUGUGGCACUACACAGUGUUGAAAAUCAUGGACCUUGCCGACACUGUAUUCUUUGUGCUGAGGAAGAAGCAGGAUCAUGUAACGUUCCUGCACGUUUACCACCACUCAGCUAUGGCGCUGUUCUCUUGGGCAACUCUCAAAUAUCUCCGAGGAGAGCAAGCAGUUCUGCUAGGCUUCAUGAAUGCUUUGGUUCAUGUUGUCAUGUAUACUUACUACUUCCUAGCUGCUCUCGGAGAGAGAGUACGCAGAUACCUGUGGUGGAAACGCUACCUCACCACCAUGCAGAUCGGCCAAUUUAUCAUCGGCGUGUUGUAUCUCUCCACGUUGAUCCUGAUGAGAUGCGAUCUUCCCAGACUCUUCACAUACAUCUGGGCCUCACAGAUCCUAGUGUUCCUCGCUCUCUUCAUCAACUUCUACAUCAAGACGUAUACCAGCAGGCCACGGACGACGGUGAAGAACAAGAAGCAAUAGAGGAGGUCGUUACCAAAAGGCUUUAACUUUGUAAAGUACUCGAGAAAGGAGUGUGACAAAAUACUCUUGUAAAAAUGUAAAGAUGUGUUGUUUUUCAGUUUGUCGAUUGCACGUCAAAGGGGGGGGUGUAAGCAGCAAACCUAAGUACUCGUUAAAUCUAAUGGUAUUUAAAUUGGGGAGUAAAAUAUUUAUUGUUUAUUUUAGUAAAAAUUCAAUAGGACAGAUUUAAAUUUGCUUAGAAUGCAGGUUUGCUGCAGCGGGGGUAUUUCAGAUUGCUGCUACAGCUAGUCAUGAUACUAAAUAUUAUCUUUGACUAUGUUAGUACAACUUCAGUAUCUAAUAGCAUUGACUUGUUGUAUUAAUAGUCAAAGCUAAUAGUCAAGGAUAUUAUAUUACGUACCUCCAUAAAAAAAAACAUUCUCAUGUGGUUUUUAUAGUGUUUGAGGUACUGUAAAAGCUCCUUUUAAAUGUGUGAGCAAAUUGUGCUGUAAACCCCCUUAUUCUGUCAAAAUUGCUUGUCAUGUCAUUUCGUGUUCAUCGUCAUGUGCCACAUCCCUAAGUGGUCAAUAAUGUAUAUUUAUUGAUAAAAAUAAGUUGAAAAGUUGUUAACUUAGU